AUAAAUAAUAAUAUGUUUAGUUUAUUUUCUCGUUAGCGUUUACGCUCAUACAUAAAUAGUAAAUAUCUGAGUUUUAUUUUACAUUUUAUUUUUUGUUUUUUCCCUUUUUUGUGACAUGAAGCGAUUAGAUAAAACUCAAACUGUUUAUUCUACUAGAGCUGAUAACACGACACCAACAACAAAACUAAUAAUAUAAUAUAGUACAUACAACAAAUUCGUAAUAUUGAUAGAUAGAUAGAUGGACGGACUUAAGGUGGAACGGACGGAAUUAGUAAGACAACAUACCUACAACAUUUAAAGAAAGAAAAACAAAUUCAAAACAUAAAUAUUUCUUAACUUAAAACUGAAAUUUUAGUUGUGUUUUAGACAUUCGCGUUUAAUAUCACAUUGAAUCGUAUGAGAAAGAGAGAAACAAUUUGUUAAAAUAGUGUGCCGGUUGAUCGUUAUCAAGUGCGAUUACAUUUUUAAAAAUCAAUUCGAGAACAAAGUGUAAAUUAAAUACUGAAUGAGAAUUAAUUAAUAAAUUAAUUACAAUACUAACACAACAAAUUGAUUGAAGACAUUGUCUGAAUUUGUUAUAUUAAAUACUAGUGGAAAUUUAAAAGGGAAAAAUAUAAAUAAAAAUGUUGACGGAAUUUGCUGGCAAUUUGGCUCAUCAUUUGGAAUUCGGACAUGCCUUGGAAAUUGUUGCAAAAACUAUCGAUGGUGCUUCUCGAUUCAAUUUAACAUUAGCUACAGCCAAAUCUACCAUUAAUCCCAAUGCUGAUAUUGGUUUGCGCUUUACAGUGUAUUUUCGUGACGAUUGCAUUGUGAGAAAUGCACGAGUCAACGGUGUAUGGGGUGAGGAGGAAAUCAAAAAUAUUGACAACUACUCUUUGCCAAAUCCCAUAACAUCGGGUGACUUUUUCAUGAUCUAUAUAUUGGCAUGCGAGGAUAAGUUUCACAUUUCCAUUAACAGUCGACCAUAUUGUACAUUUAAAUAUCGUGUGCCAUUGGAAUCUUUAAGAUCGCUGGAAUUGCGAGAUCAAAUACAAGUUAUAAAGCAAAUAGAUCAUCGUACAGUAUUUCCAAAUCCCUGGCCAGCCAUACAUACAUCGGAUUAUUUUAAGGCAUUCAGUAAUGAUGUACCCAUAUUAUAUAGUCCUGGCCAUGUUAUUGUUAUAACAGCACGUUGUUUUGAUAACAAGAAGGGACAAUUUAUUAUAAAGUUUAUGGAGUCAGACUCGAAACGAGAAGAUUUUCAUUUUAGUGUCAGAUUUGAUCAGAAGGUGGUGGUGCGUAAUAGUCAUAAUAAAAGUUUUGAAUUUGGUCCCGAGGAACGUCAUGGCGGUUUUCCUUUUGUCUUCAAUCAACAAUUCAAACUUGCUAUUGCCUUUACGGAGAAAGAAUUCUUGACUGCCGUUGAUGGUUAUAAUUUCUGCAGUUAUGCCUAUCGCCUACCAAAUGUUUUACAAAAUCUUGUUGGCUUUAAGGUGACUUGCAUAAAUGGUCUGCAUAUGCAUGUUACGGGUGUGGAUCACAUACAAAUGGGUGAUGCCUUGUGUACAAGUUUCGAAAAGUAUUCAAGAUUUGAUUAUGAAUGUGCCUAAAUUUUAGUUUUUACUACUUUUAAUUCUAUUAUAAUGAUUAAUUAAUUGUAUGCCGUUUAAUUGUUU